AUGUCUGAUAUAGAGACCGUGGCAAGACUAUUAUCCGAAUCUGUGAUUGCUUCAACAGCUAAAACAUCAGAGAGGAGCUUAAAAGAAUUAGAGAAUCAAAACGGCUUUGGUUUAACCUUGUUACAUGUAGUGGCAUCCUCUAAUCUUGCUAUUUCAACCAGAUUGGCAGGUGCUUUAUUUUUUAAAAAUUUUAUUAGAAGAAAAUGGGUCGAUGAAAAUGGAAACCAUUUAUUGUCCAAUGAUCAGGUAGAAUUGAUUAAGAAAGAAAUUAUACCGUUAAUGAUCUCUUUGCCAAAUAAUUUACAGGUCCAAAUUGGUGAAGCAAUCUCCUUGAUUGCAGAUUCUGACUUCCCCCAACGUUGGCCUGAUCUUUUACAAGAUUUAUCAGGUAAACUAUCUCCAGAUGAUAUGGUAUUAAAUAAAGGUGUAUUAACUGUGGCUCAUUCUAUAUUCAAAAGAUGGAGACCUUUGUUUAGGUCAGAUGAAUUAUUUUUAGAAAUUAAAAUGGUUCUUGAUGUGUUUACUGUUCCAUUUUUAAAUUUGUUAAAAUUAGUCGAUGAACAAAUUGACGCUAAUGUUAAUAAUGUCUCUCAAUUAGAUAAAUUGAUGGAUGUUUUGUUACUUUUAACCAAACUGUACUAUGAUUUUAAUUGUCAAGAUAUUCCAGAAUUCUUUGAAGAUAACAUCACAGAGGGCAUGGGAAUUUUACAUAAAUAUUUGUCUUACAAUAAUCGAUUAUUAGAAGAUCCAGAAGAUCCAGAUCACGUCACUACCUUAAUUAAAAUAAAAUCAUCGAUUCAAGAAGUGGUCCAACUGUACACAACUAGAUACGAAGACGUUUUUGGUCCAAUGAUUGAUAGUUUUAUCGAAAUUACCUGGCAAUUGUUGACCUCCGCCUCAGAGGAACCUAAAUAUGAUAUUUUGGUCUCGAAAUCUUUAGCAUUUUUGACUGCCGUAAGUCGUAAUCCAAGACACUUUACUAUCUUUAACACAGAGGAUGCAAUGAAUAGGGUCACUGAGCAAAUUAUUUUACCAAAUGUUACUUUACGUGAGGCAGAUAUUGAAUUAUUUGAAGAUGACCCAAUCGAAUAUAUUCGUAGAGACUUGGAAGGUUCAGACGAUGACACAAGAAGAAAAGCAUGUACCGAUUUCUUAAAAGAAUUAAAAGAAAACAAUUGUACCUUAGUGACAAAGAUUUUUUUAAAUCAUAUGAAGUAUUUCUUCGAAAAAUACCAGUCCAACCCAGUUGAGUUUUGGAAAUUUAAAGAUUUAUAUGUUUAUUUGUUUACUACAUUAGCUAUCAAUGGUUCACUGUCUAAUAAUGGUGUUUCAUCUACUAAUCCACUAUUAGAUGUGCUUGAUUUUUUCAAAAACCAAAUAUUACCAGAUUUGACUAGUUCCUCAAUUCCACAUCUUAUUUUAAGGAUUGAUGCCAUUAAAUUCAUCUAUAUUUUCAGAAAUCAGUUAAAUAAAAAUCAGUUAAUUGAGUUAAUGCCAUUUUUAGCUGGAUUUUUGCAAUCAAAUGAAUAUAUUUUAUACACGUAUGCUGCUGUUACCAUUGAAAGGAUUUUAACUAUAAGAGAAUCUUUAACUUCUUCAAAACUCAUUUUUACUAAGGAAGAUGUAGCAGGUAGUGCUGAAGUGUUAUUAAAAAAUUUAUUUGGUUUAAUUAUGAAACAAGGUUCUACUCCAGAAAAAUUAGCGGAAAAUGAAUUUUUGAUGAAAGCAAGUUUUAGAGUUUUACAAACAGCAGAAAGUUCAAUCAUAUCAAUUUAUCCUGAAUUAAUGAAUCAAUUAAUUUCUAUUGUGACAAUUGUUUCUAAGAAUCCAUCAAAUCCAAGGUUUUCUCAUUACAUUUUUGAAUCAAUUGGUGUAAUUUUGAAUUAUGCAACGUCGGAUAUUCUACCUAAUUUGAUUGAUUUAAUUAUGCCAAGUUUCUUACGCAUCUUGUCAGAAGAUAUCCAAGAAUUCAUUCCAUAUAUUUUCCAAAUUUUGGCCUUUUGUGUAGAAAAAGGAUCUAGUAUUCCAGAUUCUAUUAAACAAUUGGCUCAACCACUUUUAGCACCAUCAGUUUGGGAGUUAAAGGGUAAUGUUCCUGCAGUAACUAGAAUGUUAAGGGCUUUUGUUAAAACAGACAUAUCUGUAUUUUCUGAUUUGAUUCCGGUUCUUGGUGUUUUUCAAAGAUUAAUUGCUUCUAAGGCAUACGAGGUGUAUGGGUUUGAGUUAUUAGAAGAUAUUAUGUUGACUAUUGAUUUGGAUAAGUUAAGACCAUAUAUGAAACAAAUUGCAACACUUCUAUUACAAAGAUUAAAGACGUCAAAGACAGAACGAUAUGUGAAGAGGUUGAUAGUAUUUUUAAACUUACUAACUCUUAAGUAUGGUGGUGAUUUUAUGAUUCAAUUUAUUGAUGAAGUUCAAGAUAGUGUUUUCCAACAAAUUUGGACUACUUUUGUCAUACCUACUAUUCCAACAGUGGCUAAUUUAUUAGAUCGUAAAAUUACAAUUGUUGGUAUUUGUAAGUUGAUUUGUGAAAGUCCAAUUUUUAUAAAUAAAUACGGUGCUAAUUUAUUAGUUCCAACAUUGGAUAUUAUAAUUAAAAAUAUUAUCAGUGAUAACCUUGGUCAUUUAAAUACAGAAUAUAUUGAUUUAGAUAAUAUGGAAGAAAUUUCCACAUUUGGUUCUUCAUUCAGUAAGUUGGCAUCAGUUAGUGAAAAGCCUCGUGAUCCAAUACCUGAAAUAGAUUUGACUCAAGGUUUUAAGAAUUAUAUUGCUAAUAAUAUAAAGAAGUUUUUCAAUUCAAACAAUUCUAAUAUUGAUACAAAUACAAUUAUCUCCCAGUUAAGUACUGAAUCCCAGAGUGCAUUAAAUCAAAUUAUGAGUAGUUAA